GAGACACCCGCGAUAGCUCUAUCUCCAGACAGCCUCCUCCGCAUCGGUGAGAACAACAGGCUCCCUCGGGCACGUUCAAUCGGCAACGGUCUGUCGUAAUCGACGUUAUCAAGUUAAGAUGAGCAACCACAAUCACCUCGGCAUGCCUCCGGCCUUUCGCCAUGUCUGCAUGAUGGAAGGCCCCGAUCCCACCGCUUCCCUGGCCUCUCGUCGCUAUGAUGCCCUCGAGAAGGAAAACAGGAACAACCUCGAUGAGAUCAAGCGAUUGAAGGCACUUCUGGCAGCGCACAAGAUCCCCUGCGAGCCGUCGGUCAAUUUCGCCCUCCAACCUCGCCGACGAUCCGCCCGCCGUUCGAUGCAACUCCCAAACCGACCUCUCCCCCAACUCCCCACCGAGAUCCAGCUUCGAAUUCUUGGCCAUUCUUUGACAAGCCCAGACCCCAUCAUCGAUCCUUUCUACAAGAUUCGCAGAGACAACGUUACGAAGGAAGAGUGGUCGCGAACAAAGCAAAUCAAUAUUCACUUCCUCGCGACGUGCAAGGCAUUUCGGGUCGAAGGAUUGCAACUUCUUUUUACCAACAAUUCGUUCAUCUUCACUCAAGCUGCUUCUCUGGAGAACCUCGCCAAGCUUCCACAUCACUUGCGUACCACAGUGAAGCAAGUCACUCUGCGAGUCGUUGGUCGAUAUUAUGAUGAAGCUGCUGGCAGACGUGAUCUUACCGGCAACGUUGAUUACCAUUCUUCAAUCGAUAAGCUGAUGAUCCCCAUCAUUGCACGACCUCCUGGGAUGAUCAAAGACAAGGGCAUCCAGGCCUAUUGCUGGGAGCAACUUGCAGAUUUCCUUAAAGCUCUUUUGAUGCCUACCCCAGCCUCGGUCUUCCGUCAAAAGUUGCUUCCUGGUCUCGAUACGAUGCGAAUCGACCUCGUCAACUUCUGCGACCACCUCCCUUACGGCGGCUACCAGUUUAGCGCUCUGAUUCGUUGGCAACUCGGUAAACUGGUUGAUGAGUUGCUGAUCACCGGCGCACCGGAAGGAGACAUCACCGACGAGGGCUUCACGAAUGAGGAGAGAGUACUUCACCAACUCGUGCGAGACGAAGGCCUGAUUGGAUCGGCAGUUCCAUUGUUCGUGUCAACCCCCUCGGGUCUUAGGCCUCUCAAGGGACACGGAAUUGCUCAACGAGUCGUUCGGGCUGACAUGGAACCCAAAUUCAAGUCUGCCAAGACUCUGAUUCACCCCAAGGGCGGCGAACCCCCCAAGUCUAUGUACAAGCCUGGCAGGACAGUUUGGAAGUGGACCUCCGACUCGCUCACCAAUCCCGAGAAGAAAUGGAUAGAGUUCGACCGACGAAGUGGUAUGCCAGCUGAGGAUGUUUGUUACGAUUCGGAUAUGUGGUCGGAUAUUGAGAAUUGAUCACUUCUCGAAAUGUCGCGACAAAGCAUACAUUUCUCGGCAGAGGCCUUCGACUUGUUCUUGACCACGAAUUGACAUACAUGAGAAAUGUUUUGGUCAGGUUCGCUCUCGCAUUCAUCACCGGCGCCGUUUUGGUGUCAUCC